AUGAGGGUGAUCGCGAAAGUCCACAGGCCGGGGGUCACGCCGGAGGAGAUGGUGGUAGGCUACAACGAGUGGUCCGAGAACUACGAGGAGAUGAUGAUCUGGAAAGGCGGGUACCGUGGCCCCGCCAUCACGCUGGAGGAGGCGCUGCGUUGGGUACCCCCGGAGCGGCGAGCUAAGGCCAGGGUGCUGGACGUGGCCGCUGGGACGGGCUGCGUGGGCCGCGAACUCCACCGGGAAGGCUUCAGGCACAUAGACGCUGUGGACCCGUCGGAGGGCAUGAUGAAGCAGCGGGAGACUGGCAUCUAUACCAACGACUUCCUGGAGUUUAUCGGCAGUGGACACUCCACCGUGCCCAAAGACACAUACGACCUGGUGGUCACCUCGGGCGGUAUGGGCGAAGGUCACAUCUCACACAGUGGCCUCGACGACGUUGUGCGCGUCGCAAAGAACGGAGGCUUCGUGAUCAUCGUGAUGCGCCAUGAGUUCCUACAGACCGUGCCUUCCUACAAGGACAAGCUGGAGCCUUACAUGGACCAGCUGGAGGCGGACGGGAAGUGGAAGAAGGUGGAGCGGCGCAUCGUCCCAAACUAUUUCUGUGACAAGGAGGGUCUCGUCUUCGUCUUCCGCAUCACUAAGCCUGAGUGAGGAGGAAGAGGAGGGAAGGGAAAGGAGAGAGAUGAAGAGGAGGAGUUAUAGUGGUGCUGUGCCAAGGCUGUCUCUGUGUAACAGCCUUGGCUUUCGU